CGGGUCGCGAAUGACUUCACGCUCUGUCAUGGCUGCGUGAGACAUAAACAUGCCAGUGGUUCUGUAAUUCAGAGCAUUAAACUAGUGCGAUGAUUAAAGCAGCGGCCUCAACCAAUCGCUUUGCCUUGAGGUCCGCCAUAUGAAAUCGGCUGGUCGGUGUUUAGUGCGGCAGGUGAAGUGAAAGCUGUGUUGUAGAUCACAGAAAGGAUCCGAUCAUGCAGACUGAAGCAGUGUUGGAGCAUCACGGCGGCUCACAGAGUUCUUGUAGGACAGGCUCAAAAUCCUGGCAAUACAGUGAUCUGAUGGAAAAGGUGGAUGGGUACUUGAUGAAGUACACCAAUCUUGUGACUGGCUGGCAGUAUCGGUAUUUUGUGCUCAACAAUGAAGCAGGGCUGCUGGAAUAUUUUGUGAAUGAGCAGUCAAGAAAUCAGAAGCCCAGGGGUUCACUGCCGUUAGCCGGUGCAGUGAUUUCACCUAGCGAUGAGGAUUCACACACCUUCACUGUCAAUGCCAUUAGCGGAGAGCAAUACAAACUUAGAGCCUCAGAUGCAAAGGAGCGACAGCACUGGGUCAGCCGGCUGCAGAUCUGUGCGCAGCACCACACAGAGGCAAUGGGCAAAACAAACCCACCGCUCCAGACUCGCAGUCUCUCCAUGGCGUCUCAGGGCAGUGGCAGCUCUCCAGGAUCUCAACACAGGAUCAACCAGAACUCAAAUGCUCUGUUGGGCCUGUCCCAACUUCAGCGCGGCUCGUCUCUUUACUCCAGCAGGAAGUCACUGCUGCCUGAUCACUUGCUGGAGGCCAGAGAGAUGAUGAGCCAGGCACAGGGCCAGCACAGAGACCUGAUCCAGAGUAUUGAGGGUCUGCCCUCCUCCCAGGGUCCCUCUCCCUUGGACCAAGACUUGCUGCUGCUAAAAGCUACUUCUUUGGCCACCAUGACCUGCCUCAGUGACUGCCUGCACAUCCUGCAGCUCCAGCAAGUGGCUCGGCAGAAAGUUCCUCUCGGUGGCCCUGCACUUGAGUGGCUGGAGCCAAAACUUCCAGACAUCCUGAAAAAUGGAGGGACGCUACCCAGCAUCACCAAAGAUGAUGGAAAAACAGAGGGAACUGUUCUGGAACCUUUAGAAAUGGACUCCUGUGACAUUGCUGGGGAGCAGGAGGAGAUUGAUGCCACACAGGAGGUGGAUGAUUCUACUCCGGCCGAGGAGGAGGAUCUGGGUGCUGUCGAAGAGGAGCGCAGCGUCAUUCUGCACCUCCUCUCUCAGCUCAAACUGGGCAUGGACCUCACCAGGGUGGUCCUGCCGACCUUCAUUCUGGAGAAGCGCUCCUUGUUGGAAAUGUAUGCAGACUUCAUGUCCCAUCCGGAUAUUUUCGUGGCCAUCACCGAUGGCUCCAGCCCGAUGGACCGCAUGGUCCGAUUUGUAGAGUAUUACCUCACUUCCUUCCACGAAGGUCGUAAAGGUGCCAUUGCCAAGAAGCCCUACAACCCCAUCAUCGGAGAGACCUUCCACUGCUCUUGGAAAGUACCCAAAGCGACAACGCCUCCGUCAGCAGUCCCAAAGGAAGGCAUCUCAUGCCCGUCAGACUGCUACAAUGUCCGCUUCGUGGCUGAGCAGGUUUCCCAUCAUCCACCUGUGUCAGGCUUCUAUGCAGAAUGCCAGGAGAGACAGAUGUGCGUCAACACGCAUGUGUGGACCAAGAGCAAGUUCAUGGGCAUGUCCAUUGGCGUAUCUAUGAUCGGAGAAGGUAAUCUACACCUAUUGGAGCACGGUGAGGAAUACACCUUUAGCCUGCCCUCUGCUUACGCCCGCUCUAUCCUCACUGUGCCCUGGGUGGAACUGGGAGGAAAAGUCAAUGUCAACUGCGCCAAGACAGGCUACUCUGCAGUCAUCACCUUCCAAACAAAGCCUUUCUAUGGGGGCAAGCUGCACAGAGUGAACGCGGAGGUCAAACACAACCCCACCAACUCCGUGGUGUGCCGCGUGCAGGGCGAGUGGAACGGCGUGCUGGAGUUUAGCUACACCAGCGGGGAGAUGCGUAUCGUAGACAUUACCAAACUCCCCGUCACCAGGAAAAGAGUACGACCCGAUGAGCUGCAAGGACCCUACGAGUCUAGGCGACUGUGGCAGCAUGUGACAGAGUCUCUCAAAGAAAGAGACAUGGAUAAAGCCACGGAACACAAGCGCUUCCUAGAAGAAAGGCAGAGGAAGGAGGAAAGGCAUCGCGCAGAGACACAGACAGCAUGGAGGACCAAAUACUUUGAGCGCAAGGGUGAAGGCUGGGUGUAUUACCAACCACUGUGGAAAACGGCGGCCCACAGCUCUUCCCCAGUGUCCCCUCCACAAAACCCGUGACCUCUGACCUUUUUAAGACCUGAGUCCAAGCAUUGUCCAGGCAUUGUACAGCCUCCUGCUGCAGUAAACCUUUUGGUCCGGUGUUCCCUCUCACAGAUGAAGACGUACAUUCUUCUUUGUAUGAUUCCUGAAACAUAACUUCAGUUUGAGUGUUUGUAACACGCUUUGUGGACUUGCGGGUUUGCACUCUGAUGUUCAUAUUUUGCAUCCUUCGGUGGUAAGAUUUUUGUAGAACUACACAGUGAAUGAUUUCUUCAAUCCGCACACAGAUAUUGUUUGUUGAUGUUGCCUUAACGAGUGUCGUAUGUAAAGAGGGCUGAGUACAGUGUGCCGGUUCUUAACGUGGGAUUGUGUUUGAGGUGAACUUCUUAAUCUAACCAUACUGUGGUGUACUGUAUUUGACCACAGUGCGGUCAAAGUUUUCUGAUUCUUUUAAAAUCGUUAUCAUGAUUUAUACGAUAUCAAAUGAAAUGCAGGACUAGUGAAGGUCGUUCAGGAAGGUGGAGUUGAAAAGGACAGGCGUCUAGUUGCGUUGAUAACCGGCAAGACGCGAGUUGUUAUUACUUAGCCAGAUUAAGCUGGGGUAUUGAUGAGAAAGUAAACGUUGGCUUGGCUUUCAUAUUAUGCUGUCUUUUUCUCGUUCUCGCUCUGGUAAAUGAAGCUCGCAGGCGCUAUACACAAAAUCUGGGCCGGACGGAAGUGUUCGGGUUCAGGCCUGCUCUUCUGUUUUUGCUUGAUGUUGAGUGAACAUUUAUGUUGGCUUUAGUUUCAGAGAGAUUUUAAAGGGAAAGUUCACUCCCAGAAAAAAUAUCUUCAUUUACCCUCAUGUCAUUUAAAACCUGCAGGACUUUCUGACUUCUGUGGAUAUUUUUAACUACUUACAAUACAAGUCAAUUGGGUCCAAAGGUUAUAAUGACAUAAGGGUGAAUAAAUGUAACCAAACUUUAAAUUUAAGUUGAGCUGUCCUUUUAAUACUUACGUUGAGCACUUUAACUGUUUAGACCUAGAAAAGAGCCAGCCUUAUAAUAUUCUCUAUAUGCAUAAUAAUAUGUGUAAAUGCAACCCGAUAAGACAGUAUUAUUGGAGAUACAGUAAGCUCUGUCAAAAGUUCUGACGGAUAUCAAUUUGAUCUGUCAGAGUUAUGCAGUUUAACUUUAUGACUUCAGACUGCUACGUUCCACUUCGAUUCUACCUCGAUUGACAUUAAGAACUUUUUUUUUUUUUUUUAAAGGGACAGUUACCCAAAAAUGAAAAGUUUUGUUUACUUACCCCAUGUUGUCUUAAAUGAAAUUUUCUCUGUUCAGUUUUCUCGUUUGCAUUUAGAUGCCUGUCAAACUAGAUUUCAGUCUGCUGAGGGAAAAAAAAACAUCCAGAACCAGUUGGUUUAGUGGUCUUUGUUGGUUUCUCAGCUUGGUCAGUCAAAACACCGGCCUGGUUAGACUAGGCAGGACAUUUAACUACCAUAUUGUUUCAGAUGACUUGUAUGCAAGUUUUAUAGAGCACAUUUAUGGUGUUUUAUAGAGUUCUGAUUUAUAAGUCACAGAUCAAUUCAAGAGCAGCUUGAACAUUCUGCCUGACAUCUCCUUUUAUAUUUCACAGAAAAUAAGAAAGUAUUAUGGGCUUUGGAAUGACAUGAGGGUGAGUAAACAAUGCCAGAAUUUUCAUUUUUGAGCAAACUCCUUUAGGUGCGAUCGAGAUCGCCAGCACCUAUUCCUUGUUAAAGGUUCAGGUUUUUAGUUAGCUGGUCAUGUUAGUAAUAGUUUUUUUUGUAAAAGUUUUAGCCACGUUAAAUUUGAGGUUUUCAGAGUUCUUCAAGAUUUUGUGUUUAAACGCUUCAUUGAUCAAUUUUUCCAGCGGGGAACAGUUGGAGUGACGGUGCUGGCUGAAGUGUUGCGUCUCUCAUAUAAUCUCUGCUUCAGACUGGCAUUGGUUGCGCUGAGAAACUUGUGGUGCCUUAUUUGUGUUAGUCUUCCUCCCGUUCCACCUCACAGCCGUCAGCUUUCUCAUUAAAACAGAGUAAGACUGAAGCCACAGCCUUUGUACAUAUCUUCUUUCAUUUUCCUGUCAGCAAAAUACAGAAUUCCCACGAAGCGUCUGGUACAUCAGCUGUGCUCUCCACUCAAAUCAUUCUGCUGAGCCAUCAACUGCACUGAUGUUUUAAAUACACUCCCUGUAGCCUCAGAAAAUAUGAUUGAAAAAAUAAAAUUGUUAAUAUAUUGGAGGAUUUCAA